AGACCCGGAAGCGAGGGCGUCACGUGGGGCGGCGUGGGCCGCUGCCUUGGAAACGCCGAACCCGCGCUCCGGGCGAAAGCACCAGGGCAGGGGUCGCGCGUAGGAGAAAGGGACUGAUCCGGGGAUAGAAUGCUGUGCGUCGGAAGGCUGGGCGGCUUCGGAGCCAGAGCAGCAGCUCUGCCGCCCCGGUGGGCGGGCCAGGGAAGCCUCCAAGCCGGGAUCCGGGCCCGAAGGGUCAGCACCAGCUGGUCUCCCGUGGGCGCCGCCUUCAAUGUCAAGCCCCAGGGCAGCCGCUUGGACCUGUUCGGCGAGCGCCGGGGUCUUUUUGGAGUUCCUGAGCUCAGUGCCCCAGAAGGAUUUCAUAUUGCACAAGAAGAAGCCUUGAGAAAGACAGAAUUGCUUGUGGACCGUGCGUGUUCCACCCCACCUGGGCCCCAGAUCGUGCUGAUCUUCGAUGAGCUCUCGGAUUCCUUGUGCAGAGUGGCCGACUUGGCUGAUUUUGUGAAAAUUGCUCACCCUGAGCCAGCAUUCAGAGAAGCCGCGGAAGAAGCUUGUAGAAGUAUUGGCACCAUGGUAGAGAAGUUGAACACAAAUGUGGAUUUAUAUCAAAGUUUGCAAAAAUUACUAGCUGAUAAAAAACUUGUGGAUUCCCUUGAUCCAGAAACAAGGCGAGUGGCUGAACUGUUUAUGUUUGAUUUUGAAAUUAGUGGAAUCCAUCUAGACAAAGAAAAGCGUAAAAGAGCAGUGGACCUCAAUGUUAAAAUCUUGGAUUUGAGUAGUACAUUUCUUAUGGGAACCAAUUUUCCCAACAAGAUUGAGAAGCAUCUCUUACCAGAACACAUUCGUCAUAACUUCACAUCUGCUGGGGAUCAUAUCAUCAUUGAUGGUCUCCACGCAGAAGCACCAGACGACUUGGUGCGAGAAGCUGCUUAUAAAAUUUUUCUUUAUCCCAAUGCUGGUCAGUUGAAAUGUUUGGAGGAGUUGCUCAGCAGUAGAGAUCUUCUGGCGAAGCUGGUGGGGUAUUCCACAUUUUCCCACAGGGCUCUCCAAGGAACGAUCGCUAAAAAUCCAGAGACUGUCAUGCAGUUCCUUGAGAAACUAUCUGACAAACUUUCUGAAAGAACUCUAAAAGAUUUUGCGAUGAUACGAGAGAUGAAAAUGAAACUGAAUCCUCGAAAUUCUGAAGUAAUGCCUUGGGACCCCCCCUACUACAGUGGUGUGAUUCGUGCAGAAAGGUAUAAUAUUGAGCCCAGCCUAUAUUGCCCGUUUUUCUCUCUUGGAGCAUGCAUGGAAGGCCUGAAUAUUUUGCUAAACAGACUAUUGGGGAUUUCAUUAUAUGCAGAGCAGCCUGCAAAAGGAGAGGUGUGGAGUGAAGAUGUCCGAAAGCUGGCUGUCGUUCAUGAAUCUGAAGGAUUGUUGGGAUACAUUUACUGUGAUUUUUUUCAGCGAGCAGACAAGCCACAUCAGGAUUGCCAUUUCACUAUCCGUGGAGGCAGACUAAAGGAAGAUGGAGCCUAUCAACUCCCAGUUGUAGUUCUUAUGCUGAAUCUUCCCCGUUCCUCAAGGAGUUCUCCAACUUUGCUGACUCCUGGCAUGAUGGAAAAUCUUUUCCAUGAAAUGGGACAUGCCAUGCAUUCAAUGCUAGGACGUACUCGUUACCAACACGUCACUGGGACCAGGUGCCCUACUGAUUUUGCUGAGGUUCCUUCUAUUCUGAUGGAGUACUUUGCAAAUGAUUAUCGAGUAGUUAACCAAUUUGCCAGACAUUAUCAGACUGGACAGCCACUGCCAAAAACUAUGGUGUCUCGUCUUUGUGAAUCUAAAAAGGUUUGUGCUGCAGCUGAUAUGCAACUUCAGGUCUUUUAUGCCACUCUGGAUCAAAUCUACCAUGGGAAGCAUCCCCUGAGGAAUUCAACCACAGACAUUCUCAAGGAAACACAAGAGAAAUUCUAUGGCCUACCAUACGUUCCAAAUACUGCCUGGCAGCUGCGAUUCAGCCACCUCGUGGGGUAUGGUGCUAAAUAUUACUCUUACCUCAUGUCCAGAGCGGUCGCCUCCAUGGUUUGGAAGGAGUGUUUUCUACAGGAUCCUUUCAACAGGGCCGCUGGGGAGCGCUAUCGCAGGGAGAUGCUGGCCCACGGCGGAGGCAGGGAGCCCAUGCUCAUGGUUGAAGGUAUGCUUCAGAAGCGUCCUUCUGUUGAUGACUUCGUAAGUGCCCUAGUUUCUGACUUGGAUCUGGACUUCGAAACUUUCCUCAUGGAUUCAGAAUAACAGAAAUACUCUAAACCUCUUCAAUCAAGUUUAAAAAGGCACCUGCUAACAGCCUCUUCCUGCUUCUCACCAAAUGACCAAUGAUGAAACAAAAGGAAAGAUUCAAAAUACCCAAAACUAAGACACACAUUCAACCUACUGGCAGAAUCUGGAGGAAUUUCUUCAUGCCCAGAAACAGACAGGACUGGCUGGAGAAACGUCAUCAGUGGCCGGCCGGUGCCAGGUACACCUGGAUGCAAGGGAUCGACCCUUUCUGCUUUCCCACCUCCUGCUCACCCUUAGAAAUGCAAAUCGGUACUGACCAGAAGGCAGAGCGGCCAGUACCCCGAAUGGGGCUUCAUGUGUGAACGCUGCAAUGGGUCCCUCCCCGUUGCUCCCCAUUGGAGCUUCUCUAUACAGCAGCACUUGGAAACUGCCGCUCACACAGCCUUGGGCAGGGAGUGGGCCUGGCAGUGGUGUCUCCUCUGUACCCAAAGCAAAGCUGAGGAAGGGAGACAAGGGUUGAGGAAGGGCUCUGGUGCAGUGCCCAGGGAGGAAUCUUGCUGUUUCUUGUCUCACCCUAUUCACAAUAUCCAAGCUAACUUAAAAAGAGAUCUCAUCUCGACAAACUGGCAAUACACAGAUGCCAGCUCAUUCUGGGAAACAGACGUGGAGAAAUUUACAGGUAAAUCAGUUACAGGUAACUCUGAAAAGUGCUUUCAUCAGCACCCAGGUGCACCGACAGUGACAAAACCCCUGCAUCUUUAUCAGGUCUUUUUUGUAGGGGUGAGUAACCAAAAAAAAAGAAGUCCAUGUGGAACCUUUUUUUAAAAGCAUUCUUAAGAAACAGGAAAGGAAGACUUUACCUGGAAGAUGCUGGAAAAUCAAAACUUUGAAAAUUAUUUUUUUUUUUGAGACAGAGCCUCGCUCUGUCACCCUGGCUAGAGUGCAGUGACGUGAUCUCAGCUCACUAUAACCUCCGCCUC